AUGGAGUCAAUUUGUCGACAUACUAUACACAAAAUCGAGACAGCGACAGACUUACCUGUGUUAUUGUCCCCGCCUAGGCAAAACGAGGCAACUGACUACACAUAUACCGCUUCGGUGCCUUUGAAAAUGCCUAGCGUCUACCCACGGUCAAGAACAAUGACAGGACGAGAGAUCCGAGGAUGGAUGAUGAAACGGCAUAUCGAAGCGAAGAUAACGAUAUCAUUCAAAGGGUCCACUACCACCCAAAAGAAUGGCGGAAUCCUAAGCGCAGAGAGCCAGGUCGAGGGAGGCAAGGAGCCAGAGAGGCUGCCAAAUUCGUCAAAUACCCACGUUUCCUUCUUCUUUACUAUCAUGCGACCUUUGAGGAAGCUGCAACUUCCCGAGCUAGAGCGAACUGCUUUGACAUCGUGGGACGCCCCGAUGUAUGCUUUUCUUCGUAUUACGAUGCCCCGAAUGGCUGUCGACAAAGCGCCCAACGAAUGUUUUCCACUCCUUAAAACCUCAGGCGUCAUUAUUUCCACCCUCAGAGGGCACGAGUGGUCGAUAUGAAUCCACUAUACUCUCCUGUACCUGUUCCGUGCGCCAUGAGCUUUACAGAGUAGGCAAAGAUCGAUCAAGAAUCAUGAACACGGGGUAACUGGAAGAAGAAAACAUCAGUGACCGAGGCUCUCAGAAUGUUAUCGUUCGAAUUACCACGCCACCGAGUUGGAUAGAGAAAAGAGUCCAUAGGUCGGAGGGAGAUGGCUGCACUUGUACAAAUCGCUAAGAUGCUAG